UCUCGAAGUAGUACUUGUCAAUGAGGAUGUCGCCAUGGGGCCGUAUGAGGCGUGAUAUUCAAUGGUUCCUCGGAGGGCAUGAGGUUGAUUUUACCGAUCAGGAGUGGCAAGAAAUGCAGGAGUCGUUCCGUGAAAGGUCGAUGAUCUGGCAAAAGGGAGGCUCUCGGUCCUGGAGCAAGGGUGACACAUGCCGCGUAGCGUGGACAGACAAAAGAAGUUGAGGAUGUUCAUUGACGGGAUCUUUCAAAACCUGUUUCUAGGCGACUUCAUGUGGUUUCUUGAAAUCAUACAGCAGUGGGAGUCAAUCAUUAUUGGGCGGUACUCAAGCAAACUUAGUACCGAGAGUUGCAGUUGAUUUUGAAUCAUGUUUAAUG